AUGUCAGAAUUCUACACUAGUUCUUCCUACUAUUAUAAUUCCACCACAAGUAACAGUGGUGACAAGACGACCAGAGGCCACCGAUACUCAACAUCCUCCCACACCGACCACGACGGCACAACCAUCGUCCGGACAGCUCACCAAGACCUCGGCCAACCCGCUGUGAUCGAAGAACGACGCUACGAUCAAACCGGCCAAGAAGAGCUCGCACUACCAGGCCCUGAAGGGACAUCUGCGGGCGGAGUACGACGGAUCACAGACCUAGACGAAGAAGACACCGCUAGUUCUGCCGCCAUUAACACAGGUAAUGCAUAUGGAGCCACGACGCUCGGCAGAUCUGUAGAUGACGAUGUGGAUCGAGGCUCAUUUGAAACAAAGGUGUAUGAUCCCAGCUCUGGAGCGUAUGAUGAACAUUCCGAUUUCGAUGUUGAUGGAGGCUCGCGGCAUCAUCGGGAGAUAAGGGAUUCUGGAGGCCGGGUAUUCCAUCGCGACUUUGAUGUUGAUAGGUCGGGAUUGUCCUCUUUUGCUAAGGAGCGGAAUGUUUUUGAGGAUCCGCUGUCUGGGACCAGAGUGCAGCGGGAGGAGGAUGUUGAUGUUUCGGAUAUCAUCUAG